UGAUGGGCCUCUGUCCGACGCCAGUUCCAAUUCUUCCUCCACCGCUUGUCGGUAACUCCCUCUCCCCAGUGUUUUCUAGUCUCACGUUGGUUCCAGAGCUGCAGGAGUCGUUCUUCGUUCUGCUCUGCACGAUAUUUUACACGCCACACACAAAUAGGGUGUGUGAUAACAGGUUGUUUGCACAUCUCAACAACAAAAGUGAGCUGUACGUGGGACGUAAAACGUGGUACCGACAAGAAGAGUUAGUGUAUUCUUGCUAGUCGUCUGCGUGUGCAGGUCAACUCAACGUCGGCUCGCUCCAGGUUCGCAGCCAAACAGCAGAACUUCUCUGGUUCUGCGUUUCUUGUGUUGAUCAAUUUACAAUUUUAUUUACUGUCCACUUAAAGCCAGAUGACACUGACCAUCAUCUGAACCAGUUUCUAUAGGGCCUGAACUCUGCUCAUCGGAUGCAGUUGCUAGAUGUGUUUCUGUUUAGUCGAGGGUUGGAAGCUGCUUGGUGUCUUUAACAUUCAAAGGAUCAACGGUGGGUGAAUAUUUGUGCGCGAGGGUGCAAAGGUGCACCUACCAACGUGCCAGGACUAAUGAGUGCCUGACGGUUCCAGGCAGGAGAAAGGUGUGAUUUUGAAGAGAAGCAACCUGAAAAAGACCGGAGCUGGGAACGAUUUCAGGAAACAGAUCAUCUGGUGAACACCUUUAAAAGAAAGAGGGCAACUUCCGUUGCAGCUAGCGGCCUUCACGACUCAGGUUCCCGACAACGGGUGUGUGCAUACGGAGCAUCUGCACUUCUCGACUUGUAUCACGAUGGUUGGACGGCCAGUGUGGGUGACAUUAGGGGUGGUGGUGGCGGUGCUGUGCUUCGGGGCAGGCCUGCUGAUCGGAAUGUUCCUGCUGGGCAGAGAACUGCCCGGCAUGGGCAGCAAGUCCUCCGCUUCCUGCGGUCCCUCCACGCCGACCGCCUCGCACGGGUCGCCGCCCUCCCGAGAAAGUCAGACCCUUCAGCUGGUGGAGAAGUUGCUGCGGGACGCAGACCCAUCCAUCAGCGAUCGCCUUAUCAACAGCAUCAGCACUGACAACAUCGAGCAGCAUCUCAGGUUUAUGUCAGAGCGACCUCACGUGGCUGGAACUGAAGGCGACCAGAGAACCGUGGACUACGUGAAAUCGCACUUUGAGAAUCUGGGCUUCGACGUGACCCUAACUCACUAUGACGUACUACUCUCCUAUCCGGUUGAACGCCACUUCAACAAAGUAUCGAUGUUAGAUGGACGCAACCGGGCACUCUUUACCACUUCACCUGGUGCCAAACCUGGUUCAAAAUGGGACGAUGACCUCAUUGGGCCUUACUGCUUUUACUCCCCAUCAGGAAAUGUCAAGGGCAAGCUGAUCUAUGCUAACUAUGGUCGAAAAGAAGAUUACAACUAUCUGGACAAUGAGGGAAUUGAUGUCCAUGGUGCUAUCGUCAUUGUUCGUUAUGGCCACUCAGAUCGCAAGAGCAAGUUGGGAUUAGCAGCAAGCAAAGGAGCUGCAGCAGUCUUGCUGUACAAUGACCCUGCAGAUAUCAACAGAAACAAUACCUACAAUGUUUACCCUGCUACAUGGUGGUUGCCAGGCGAUGGAGUGGAGUUUGGCAACUUUCGCCUGACAGAAGGAGAUCCUGCCACACAAGGCUACCCUUCUUUAGAUAAUGCAGCUCGUACAUCCGAGAAAGAAUUGGAGGGAAUGCCAAAAAUUCCAUGUCAUCCUAUUGGCUACAAUGAUGCCAGAGUAUUUUUACAGAAUCUUGAGGGGCCUGCAGCUCCGCAGGACUGGCAGGGAGACCUUGGAUUUGUUUAUCAUGUGGGCACCUCAUCUCCUGGGGGACUUCCUGUACAAGUUGACAUAGAGAAUAAGUUAGAGACUCGUCGUGUAUUUAAUGUAUUUGCAACAAUGAAAGGUGCCAUUGAACCAGACAAUGUGGUGCUGGUGGGAAAUCACAGAGAUGCUGUUGGUUAUGGAGCUGUAGAUCCAGCUUCUGGUACAGCUGUUGUGCUGGAACUUGCUAGGGUCUUUCAGAGUCUUGCUUCACAAGGAUGGCAGCCGCGCCGUACCUUGAUGUUCUGUAGCUGGGCAGCUGAGGAAUUUGGACUGAUUGGGUCCACUGAAUGGGUUGAAGAGAAAAAAGGAUGGCUGUUUGCACAUGCAGUAGCUUACUUGAACAUUGACAUGAUUCUUCAGGGAAAUUACAGUUUUGACAUGAGUGGUUCAGCAUCACUGAAGACGGCAGCAAUACGGGCAGCUUCAAAGAUUUCUGACCCCAGACAAAUGAACAGCACUCUUCUUCACACCUGGAUGGAACGCAUUCCGGAUAAGAAAAACCCAGGCCAGCCAUCCAUUAAACGCCCAAGGACAAACUCGGACUUUAGACCUUUUAUGAACAUUGUUGGAGUACCGGUUGGCCAUGCUCACUAUUCUUUUCUGGGCGAGGAUGGUGUGAAGAUAUACCCAUUCCAGAGGUACCCAUUGUAUCACACAGCCUAUGACACUAUACAGCUGGCUUACAUGAUGGAUCCAGAUUUUGCUAUUAGUAGAACAGUUGCAGCUGUCAUGGGGGAGCUAGCACGCGACUUGGUUGACUCCUUGAUCAUUCCAUUAAGUGCAAGAGACUAUGCAGAUGACAUAUGUGGCAUGGUGCAAGAGGCUUUGAGUGAUUCUACUGAAAAACUGAACAAAGUUAACUCCUCUGCUUCAGGUCUGUUAGAAGCAUGUGCAGACUUUUCCGAGGUAGCCAAAAAACUUCAUGAGCAUAUUGAGGGACUAAAGCCACAAAACCCUGUAGACAUUUGGCAUCUGAACAACAAACUCAUGCUUUUUGAAAGACAGUUCCAACGACAAGGAUGGAACCAAGUUACUAGCUUUGAUGGACUCAGAGAAUCCUGGCAGUCCAUAUCCCUUGCCAACACCAUACGAGCAGCUACAGACAUUCUUCGGACGGGUUUACCAUGAAUUACAACUUGGAUGGAUGUUUGGCCAUCAACAAAUAAAACAAAGUUUUGCAGUGUGUUGUGGAAUGUUAAUAAAGACUUAUUUAGUA